UCUUAACGUUCAAAAAUCCAAUUUUAAAAAUAAAUUUUGAUAUUAAUGCGUUUUGCUUGCAGAUUAAAUUUUAAGAAUGUCAAAGCCAAAAAUAUUAAUUACUAGGCCUGAUAUUCCCCCUGGGGCAAUUGAAAAAUUGAAAGAAAAAUGUGACGUUGAUGUAUAUGGUGAAGAAAAACCGAUCUCGAAAGAAGAGCUUUUGAAGAAAAUUCCUGGGAAAGACGGUCUGCUUUGCAUGUUAACUGAUCCUAUUGAUAGAGGUGUAAUUGAGGCAGCAGGUCCAUCUUUGAAAGUGAUUGCUACCAUGUCAGUUGGUUUUGAACACAUAGACUUAAAAGAGUGCAAAACUAGAAACAUAUCUGUGAGCAACACGCCGGACGUUUCGACUGAUUCUGUAGCUGAAUGGACAGUCACGUUGAUGUUAUGUGCUGGCCGAAACUUUAUGAAAGCAGCCACCGCAGUUAAGGAUGGAGAAUGGAUAUACUCAUGGAGUCCGUUGUGGUUAUGUGGUCAAGGCUUACAAGACUCUGUUGUUGGGAUAAUCGGAAUGGGAAGAAUAGGUCAAGGUAUUAUGAAAAGAAUACUUCCAUUUGGAGUGAAGAAAGUUCUUUAUUUUGAUAUAUUUCAUCCAAUAAAACCAGCGGAAGAAAUGGGUGCUCUUUUUGUGGAUUUGGAGGAACUAUUAAAAAAUUCAGACUAUGUCGUAUCAAUGUGCAAUUUGUCCGAUGAAACUAAGCAUCUUUUCAACAAAAAAGCGUUUGAUCUGAUGAAAAAUAGUGCUGUCUUUGUCAACACAAGCAGAGGAGGAGUGGUUGAUCAUAAAGAUUUGUAUGAAGCUCUUAAAAAUAAAACUAUUCGUGCUGCUGCCCUGGAUGUGACUGAUCCUGAACCACUUCCAAAGAACCAUGAAUUACUCUCACUUCCUAAUAUAAUCAUUACACCACAUCUUGCCAGUUCAGAAACAAAUGUUAGAAUCAAAAUGGCAGAUUUGGCAGCAGAGAAUAUUUUGCUCGGAGUUAAAGGAGAGAAGUUGAAGACACCAGUACCCAUGCCCGCAUGAAGUGCCUUCAAAGUCAACUACUGUUUUCAAUAUUUAUUCUUAAUAAAAUAUAGUUCAUUGCUAA